AUGGGUAACUUCUAUGGUUUGCGGGGCACAAGGCUCAACAUCGCCAUUGCUGUGAUCGCCGGAACAGAUUUCGCCCUUUUUGGUUAUGACCAAGGUGUUAUGGGAGGACUGUUGACUUUGAAGUCCUUCCUCAAGUACUUUCCUCAGAUCGAUGUCGCUUCUCGGACCGGUGCUGCCGCGAGCAGGGCCUCGAAUGUACAGGGUAUCACCGUUGGUGGCUAUACGCUUGGCUGCUUCUUUGGCGCCGUCGCUACGAUAUGGCUCGGCAACAUGCUUGGCCGUAAGAAGACGAUCAUGGUUGGCUCUUCUAUCAGGCUCAUCACUGGAUUCGGGAAUGGUAUGAACACCUCCACAGUCCCGACAUGGCAGUCCGAAACUUCCAAAUCCCAUAGACGUGGGCAGAUGGUUAUGAUAGAAGGAUCUUUGAUCGUGUUUGGUGUAAUGUUGUCCUACUGGAUUGAUCUGGGUUUCUCCUUCCUGGAUCACUCCUCGAUUGCUUGGCGAUUCCCAAUCGCAUUCCAAAUCAUUCUAGCAUUAUUCAUCUUGGCGGGUAUUCCUGGUCUCCCCGAAUCGCCGCGUUGGCUAGCACUGAAGGGCAGAGAUGCCGAAGCGCUGCAAGUGCUUGCUGCUCUCUCUGACCUCCCAGAAGAAGACCAAAGUGUUCAGGACGAAUUCAGGGCCGUCAAAGAUACUGUCUUCGAAAUGGCAAGGGGCAGCUUUUCUGAUGUCUUCAAAACGAACCGAAACCGCAACCUACACCGCACGAUCCUUGCCUAUGUCAAUCAGAUGUUCCAACAAAUCAGUGGAAUUAAUAUCAUCACAUAUUACGCAGCCACCAUCUUCGAGAACAACAUCGGCCUUUCUCCGUUCCUCAGUCGACUGCUAGCUGCGCUCAACGGCACGGAGUACUUCUUCGCAUCAUUCAUCGCCAUCUUCACCAUCGAACGCUUCGGACGGCGGAAACUCAUGCUGUUCGGCGCCGCCGGCCAGGCUUUGUCGAUGGCUGUACUGGCUGGAACCACUUCAGUCAAAGGGAGCAGUACUGGUAUCGGCGCAGCUGUCUUCCUCUUCGUUUUCAACUCGUUCUUCGCGGUCGGUUGGCUCGGAAUGACAUGGCUAUACCCUGCUGAGAUCGUAUCACUCGAUAUCCGUGCUCCAGCCAAUGCCAUUUCAACCACCGCAAACUGGAUAUUCAAUUUCAUGGUCGUCAUGGUCACCCCAGUCGCCUUCAACUCGAUCGGAUACAAGACCUACAUCGUUUUCAUGGCCAUAAACGCCUUUAUGGUGCCUUGUGUGUACUUUUUCUUCCCAGAGACCGCCUACCGAAGUUUGGAGGAGAUGGACGAGAUCUUCCACAAGGUUCACGGACUUCGUGGUGCCCUCGACGUGGUCAAAGUUGCACGAGAGCAACCUCACCGCUACGGAAAGAAGGGAGAACUUCUCAUUCCGUGGGACGAUACAGAGGAAGCACGAGAUGUGGCUCGUAGACGCAGCUCUGUGGUGGCACCAGGUGGCGGUCGUGCCGGUCACGACAUCGAGAAAGCUCACGGCUCAGAUGAUGAGGCUGGCGAGAAGAAGGAGAUUGUGUGA